AAAAAAAAUAAAGAAAAAAAAAAUCUCAGCAAGCAAGCACGCACAGACAGGAAAACGACUGGGAGCAGAUUCAGCGUACCGGGACUCGCUGUAGACAAUGAGGGGUGGGACCAUUUUAUAAACUGGAAGAAAAAAAAAAAAUUAAGAACAAAAGUUAGUUUCGUUUUUGAUUGCGAUCUACGCUGACAGUAUAUGAAGCCCGUGCCAUCACCAAAGGCUUGGGAUACGCAGCGCAGAUUUGGUUCGGUUUUAACUGAGCCGUUUCCAAGAGCCUUGUACUUGCUCAGUUACCUUCAGACUUGUUUUACUCCGUAAUAACAGCGGCGUUACAUAACGCAUUACCAUCCGUCGAGUUGAAGACAGUUUCAGGAGUUUUUUAGGAUUUUUUUAUUUUUAAUUUUUUAAUAAUUAUUGUAAUGUUUCCACAAUUUAUGGUGGAAAAGAAGCUGGGUCAAUUUAAUAAAACACUUUUUUUUUUUUUCAACACGUCGAGAUUUCAGUCUAAUUUUGCUUGCUGGCAUAUUUCGCAUAUAGUUAUUUCUUUAUUUACUGCGUAUUAAAAAAAAAAACAACAACAAAAACUAAAAAGAGAGACAUGUAGUAGCCUACUGGUUUUGUGUGACCCGACUCAGGAAAGUUAACUACUCGGCACUCACUCUGCGUAGUACGCUAAACGGCGUAUUGUUAUUAUGGCAGAAUAUUAUAACAGGAUAUUUUUUAAAACCGUUGACAUUUUUCUUUUUUGCUUCUCUCGCGUAAGUGACGUCGCCUCGUGUUUUGAAUGAACGGGAAAGGAGCAUCAGGCUGUUUUGUUUGACAACACCGCUUCCCUGAACGCGACAGAGAUGUCCACUGGUUUAAGCUGCAUUGUGUUUUUUGCCACCCUGGUUCUUCCAUGUGUUCUAACAGAACGCAUUCAAUGCGAAGAUUCAGUAAAGGGGUCCAUUUGCUUGGGGGACUUGUGCUAUACUGCUAAACUUCCAGACACGGUUGUGAAAGGCUGUCUGAAAAACGCUUGUCAAGCGGGCUUUGCUUGCUGUCAUACAGAGAUGUGCAAUUCAAACACAACCUUGCUAUCCCCUGUGAAGCCCAAGCCCACUCCCGAUGAUUCUGAGGAAAAUGUAAAUGAAUCCGACAAGGGUCGAUGGGAGUGUGUGUGCGAGGGGUCCGAGGGCUGUGAAGACGGUAGAUGUUGGGGUCACAGGUGCUUCGUUGUUGUGUCUGCCGAGGGGUACACUGUGAAAGGCUGCUACACCACACACAUCAUGGAACGCUGUCGCCAGCCACCCCAGAGAGAGAAGUGCUGUGAAGGAACCUUCUGUAACACCAACCUGACUGUCCCCCUGCACACCACCCCGCAACCACCAGGUGACACUGUGGAGCAGCUGGUUCUCUUCACUGUGAUCCCAGUGCUGGUUCUCAUUGUACUGGUGCCACUGGUUAUACUGCUUUUCUGGUGGAUGAGCUCCCAGCGCCGCCGGCAGGUCAUCGUCAAACAGGAAGAGUACGGAAACGUCAACAUGCUUCGGACCCCCAGCCUUGGAGACAGCACUUGUGGGGAUAUAUUUGAUGAGUUCUGCACCUCCGGUAGUGGAUCUGGACUCCCAUACCUAGUCCAGAGGACAGUGGCCAGACAGAUUUCUCUCAUGGAGUGUGUGGGUAAAGGGCGGUACGGUGAGGUGUGGAGGGGGGUGUGGAUGGGGGAGAAUGUGGCUGUGAAGAUCUUCUCCUCGAGAGAUGAGCAGUCCUGGUUCAGAGAGACUGAGAUCUACAACACAGUUCAGCUGAGACACGACAACAUCCUGGGCUUCAUCGCGUCGGACAUGACCUCCAAGAACUCCAGCACACAGCUGUGGCUCAUCACCCAUUUCUACGAGCACGGCUCGCUCUACGACUACCUGCAGCUCAACACCCUGGACUCCCAGGGCUGCCUGCGCUUCUGCCUGUCCAUCGCCUGCGGCCUGGUCCACCUGCACACAGAGAUAUUCAGCACCCAGGGCAAGGCAGCCAUCGCCCACCGCGACCUGAAGAGCAGGAACAUCCUGGUGAAGAGGAACCGGCAGUGCUGCCUCGCAGACCUGGGCCUGGCUGUGAUGCAUUGCCAGACUAGUGACAGCCUGGACAUUGGGAAUAAUCUCCGCGUGGGCACCAAGAGGUACAUGGCCCCGGAAGUGCUGGAGGAGAGCAUCCGCACGGACUGCUUCGAGUCCUACAAGCAGACGGACGUGUGGGCCCUGGGGCUGGUGCUGUGGGAGAUCACUCGCAGAACUGUCAUCAACGGGAUCGUUGAGGAGUACCGCCCCCCGUUUUUUGACGUGGUCCCUACAGACCCCAGCUUCGAGGACAUGAAGAAAGUGGUGUGCACCGACCAGCAGAGACCCAACAUCCCCAACAGAUACUACUCCGACCCGACGUUGUCCACAAUUGCCAAGAUCAUGAAGGAGUGCUGGUACGCCAGCCCUUCAGCCAGACUGACCUCCCUGCGGAUCAAAAAGACCCUGUCCAAGCUGGACAACUCUGAGGACAAGCUGAAACAAGACUAUUAAACUAUACAACCCAUCAUUCAUACAAAUUAUAUAUCAAAAUAUAUACUGUAUAUUUAUAUAUGUAUAUAUAUAAUAAUAAUAUUUUACGUAUUUAAAAUCUCAGUGGAUGGGAAGAGACUUUGUUUUCAAACACUUCCGAAGCUCAACACACAACAAGAGCUAAAGGAAAGACCUCCUUCACCCCCUAUCCCCUAUCUCCUACGCCCUAUCCCCUAUCCCCUACCCCCUUUCUCCCACAGCUCUGAGCUACACAGCCCUCCAGUCCACACAGUCUAAUAAACAUCAACAGAACUGAAUCCUUCAACACAGGACAAGACGUAGCAUCAGGAGUUAUGUAGCUUUAACCAUCAGCCGUGGUGGUGCUUCCACCUGGUGGUCAUUUGAAGUAUAACAGCCAACAAAGCUGACAGGUUCAAGACUGGGACAAUUCAUUUCAGCUACAGUGGCCUUAAUGGGACCGGUUUGGAAAAGCAAAAGAAUUAACAUUCAAGAUACAACAGAGGAAUGAAGCAGGCGAUCUGCUAGCUUACCAGAUGGAUAUCAAGGAGAUAUUAAUGGCAAAUCUUUCAGAAGUGGCUGUCUGCUAUUUGCACUCCUCUCUGUGCCUGGAAUUGGGAAUUGAAUAUCCAGACCUACAGCAGUGUGCACCUUUAUCACAACACCCCAUUGCUUCUGUAUCAGAGCACUCCAUUGCUUCCGUAUUAGAACACCCCAUUGCUUCUGUAUUAGAACACCCCAUUGCUUCUGUAUUAGAACACCCCAUUGCUUCUGUAUUAGAACACCCCAUUGCUUCUGUAUCAGAGCACCCCAUUUCUUCUGCAUUAGAACACCCCAUUGCUUCUGUAUUAGAACACCCCAUAGCUUCUGUAUUAGAACACCCCAUUGCUUCUGUAUCCGAACACCCCAUUGCUUCUGUAUCCGAACACCCCAUUGCUUCUGUAUUAGAACACCCCAUUGCUUCUAUAUUAGAACACCCCAUUGCUUCUGUAUCAGAGCACCCCAUUGCUUCUGUAUUAGAACACCCCAUUGCUUCUAUAGCUUUGGUUUGCUGUGCAUAUGAAGUCAAACCACUGGGACUGAAAAUCUUCGAACAUUUUCAAAAAAAGCAAAUCAGUGAUUGUCUAAUUUAAUUGAUGACUUUAACAGGCGACACAUGCAAGUCAUUUAAAACAGUAAGAUAAAAUGAACACAUAGCCACACGUGAUAAAAUGCAUGAGACUUUUUAGAAGUUGUUUAAGAUGCCUGAUUAAAACACAGAGUGGACUAACAUUUUCACGCGAGUGCUUAUCUAUAUCACUGAUUACUGAGAGGAAAUUGAAAUUCUCUCACUCAGAGGUUUUCAUGCAGGUCGGUAUAUAAAGGAUAUCAAUGAUGAAUCUUGAGGAGCUCUAAUACAUUUGCACACUGCUGUAUGCUGUAUGUUUUACUGCAACAUGACAAUGUACUAACACCGUCGGGCUGACUGGUUCCGGCUCCAUUAAACAUUUCAUUUGAUACGUGUUUUAUUUGUGUUACUCCUGUUAAGUAAAAAGCCUUUUUAACUCCUAAUUUUUCUACUGCACUUUCUAAACAUAUUUAAUUUGUUUUAAGGGUGUUUUCCAUCUGAACCACUAGCAUAUCCACAGGAGAGAAAAGAGCCCUUCCAUUUAAAGAAAUGGUGCGCUCCGUGAGUAAGAUGUCUAAUAUAGAUUGUGGAACGAACCAUUUUUAAAUGGGUAGUUCUUUUGGGUGCAGCCAGGUAGACUGGACAUAAGUUUAGAACUUUGAACUGCUUGUAUGUGAGUAUAGUAUCACUUAACUACUAAUGGACCAAAAUAAAAAGUAUUUUUUUACACUAAGACUUGAUGUUGUAUUACUAAAGUGCAUUACUGUUCAUAGCAUUGUUUUUGUAAACUAUCCCUGUAACUUGUUAUUACAUGUCUCUGCUACUGUAUGCUUGCUUAAUAAAACCACAAGAUGUA